GGAAAGACUACUUCUGGAAUGAGGCUGGUGUGCCGAGAGUGAUCUCAAUUUGGAUCAGUAUUAACUAUAUCAUCACCUUUACGGUGACACUCUUCGCUUACUUACUCAUUAUAGUGAAGAUGGCGGGCCAGAAGAAGAAGUCGCUAGGUAACCAGGAUCACGUCAUUGUCACUAUCAAUGUCGUGGUUUUGACGAACUUGCUGCUAGACGGUCCACACAUGAUGGUACACCUAGUCGCCAAGAGGGGUAUUCCAUCUUUUAUCAUCCACAUGGUGUUUUAUCUACACUUGGUGAUUGACCCCGUGGUCUUCGUGGGCCUCAAUAAACACUACCAGAAGGCGCUGCUUUGCUGUCUACAUACCUGUCUGCUCUCCACCUUCUCUACCUGUUUUGGCAAUCCAGCAACCAGCGACAACCCACCAACCAGCGACAACAUCCAGAGGUCGCCAGACACGCCACUGUAGAGAACCUCACGGGAAGUUGGUGGCAUUCAGUCCAAAAAUAUGUCUCUCUAACAUAACACUUGCUGAAUGCUUCUGUGUAAUUGUUUUCUUUUGCUCCACGAAUCAAGAAACACUGAAGAAGGUUGCGAUUGUUGGGCUAUCGUAAAUUAAUGCUUCUAUGAAAAUUUUGUGUAUUAAAUAAUUACUUUCAUUUAUUAUGUUAGGAAGAAAAACUGUCUUUUCUGAUAUUGAUAAUACUGGGUGGACUAAAAUAAAUUUAAUAAAAAUGUGUAGUUAGGAUAUUAAUCAAGAUUCGUUUUCUUCGCAAUAUGGCGCAGGCUGGUAGGCGACGUGUCUCACUGUCUGCAUUGAACUGCUCCGGGGGGCGGUGUCUGGGGCCAUCUACGACGUUGAUAUUGCCGGCAAUUAUUUGUGACACCUAUGUUAUUGCCAAUGAGGACAUAUGUGGUGUGGCAUU